CGUCCCUGUAAACCGGAUAUUACCGAGAAACGGAGGUCAGAAGUUCUCUCUCACAGCCAUCUUGGAUAUAGCGUCCCGAGUCGCAACCAUGCCUGGUGAAGCCACAGAAACGGUCCCAGUCACCGAGCAGGAGAUGCAGCAGCCUCAAGUGGAGACCGCUACACCUCCUGCCUCAGCUUCCUCCCAGAGCCCUCAGGCAGCUUCUGGCCCUGCAAAGCCCAAAGGCAAAGAUGCCAAGAGUGCACAGGGUCCCUCUGCCCCAAAGGCUGUUCCUGGCAGAAGAAAACGAUCCUCCAUGUCUGCCUCUUCCUCCUCUCCCACCUCCCCAAAAUCAACUUCAUCCAAUACCCCCCGGUCCCCUGUCGCAUCUCCCCUAGCUACCUCACCCGGCGGUGCAUCUGCUAAUCAGGCUAACCGCUUCACCCCAAAAGUUGUCAAGGCUGGCAAACAAACAAAACCUAAGAAAGGAGAGGCAUUUGUGCCUGCUCCUGCCCCUGUGGAGUGCAAGGUCACAUCAGAACAUGAAAAAACAGUUGAGGCCAUCCCCAAGCAAACUGUAGUUGAAGCUAAACCUGAUGCAUUUGUGCCUGCUCCUGUGGAAUGCAAGGUCACACCAGUACAUGAAAAACCAGUAGAGGCCACCCCAAAGCAAACUGUAGUUGAAGCUAAAGCUGUUGUAGUUGAGGCAAGCAAACCCAUACCAGCUGCUGCUGCAAAGCCUGUUGUACCUCCACCUGCUUUUAAAGUUACCUCAAUGCCUGCUGUGGCAGCUCCAGUUUCAUUUUCAGGUACUCUUGCCUCCAGCCCCCCCUCGUCAUUUGAGUUGAAGACAGCUUCACCAAAAGCUGCUCAUGUUAUUGCAGCUGCUGCUGACGAUGAUCUGCCUCCACUUAUCCCACCCGAGAAGCCAGUUAAAAUGCCAGAACCAGAGGAGCCCAAGUCUGUGCCUGUAGAGGUUGCCAAAGCAGCAGCCGUGGUAAAAUCUGCUCCUGUGGAAAGUGCUAAAGUGGUUGCUAAAGUUUCAGCUGCAGCUGUUGAGGCUGCUAAACCAGCUCCCAUUGAAGCUCCUAAAACUGCCCCACCCAAAACUGAGGCCAUUAAGGAGGCUCCUGUAAGCAAACCUGCUCCUGUUGAGGCCGCUGUGCUAGCUGCUGAUGCCAAACCUGCUCCUGUUGAGGCUGCUAAGCCAGCUGCUCCCGUUGAAGCCAUUCAGCCAGUUGUUGAGGCUGCCAAGCCCGCUGCACCUGUUAAAGAUGUUAAGCCAGUUGUUGAGGCCAAACCUGCUGCUGUUGAGGCUGCUAAGCCAGCUGCUCCUGUUGAAGCCAAACCUACUGCUGUUGAGGCUGCUAAGCCAGCUGCUCCUGUUGAAGCUGUUAAGCUGGCUGUUCAGGCCAAACCUGCUGCUGUUGAGUCUGCUAAGCCUGCUACUCCUGUUGAAGAUGUUAAGCCGGUUGUUGAGGCAAAACCUGCUCCUGUCGAGGCUGCUAAGCCAGCUGCUCCCGUUGAAGCUGAUAAGCCAGCUGUUGAGGCCAAGCCUGCUUCUGUCAAGGCUGCUAAGCCAGCUCCCGAGGCUAAACCUGUUGCUGUCGAGGCUGCUAAGCCAGUUGUUGAGGCCAAGCCUGCUCCUGUAGAGGUUGCAAAACCAGCUGCAGAACCCAAACCAGCAGUCGCUGAGGUUAUCAAGCCAGCUUCUGAGUCUAAGUUGGUUGAGGUUAAGGAGGUAGCUGCUGAGGUUCCUGAGCCUUCCAAACCAAUAGCAGAGCCUAUAUCUGCUCCCCUAAAACCCACUCCAGUUGAGCCUGCUGUUCCUGCCCCAGCUCCCCAUAAACUAACGUUUGCUGAGGCUGUUGCAAAACCCGCCCCCGUUAAACCUGAAGUAAUCAGUAAAGCUCCUUCUGAACCCAUCUCACCACCCAAACCUGCCCCUACACCUGCUAAAACCCCAGUCAAGGUGGAGCCUGUGAUCAAGAACGACAAGGGAUCUGGUACUGAGUCAGACAGUGAUGACUCAGUUCCUGAGCUGGAGGAACAGGACUCUGCACAGACACAGACACAGCAAGCUCAGCUUGCAGCAGCUGCUGAAAUAGAUGAGGAACCCGUCAGCAAAGCCAAACAGAGCCGCAGUGAAAAGAAGGCACGAAAGGCGAUGUCAAAGCUUGGUCUCAGGCAGGUAACAGGGGUCACCAGAGUCACCAUUCGCAAGUCAAAGAACAUCUUGUUUGUCAUUACCAAACCAGACGUCUACAAGAGCCCUGCAUCAGACACAUACAUCGUCUUCGGUGAAGCUAAGAUCGAAGAUCUUUCCCAGCAAGCCCAGCUGGCAGCCGCAGAAAAAUUCAAGGUACAGGGAGAAGCUGUAUCAAACAUCCAGGAAAACACACAGACGCCAACAGUACAGGAGGAGAGCGAAGAAGAAGAGGUGGAUGAGACCGGAGUUGAGGUCAAGGAUAUCGAACUCGUCAUGUCACAAGCCAACGUGUCGCGGGCGAAGGCUGUACGCGCCCUGAAAAACAACAACAACGACAUUGUCAAUGCUAUUAUGGAGUUGACGAUGUAAGGGAACCCUGGCAAAAAAGGGGUUGAAGAAAGGUUGCUGAUUUAAGCUCGUUUAUACAAUUUAUACCCAAGAUGGAAAUAAAGUUGUGGCUUGAUAAAAUGAAAA